AUGGUUAAUACUGAUUAUAAAUCCUUGGAGCCUACAAAUAUCGAAAACAUCAAUUUUGACAGUGGAAGCUCAAAAGAUGUCAUAUUUAACCAGCUCUACAAAUAUUUAUAUGGAUUCUGUGACAAAAAUUACAUUAUAUCGCUAAUUAAUGAGUACAACGUCAAGGGAUAUUCUGGAUUCUGUACAAAUAAAUGGCUUGAAGAAACAGUUGCAAUAAAAUGUUAUGAUUGUGAGUAUGACGGAACUUGUGCCAUUUGCCUCGACUGCUUCUUUGAUUCAGAUCACACCGGUCACGAAUACAGAUUGACAAAAACAUCAGGAGGCUGCUGUGAUUGCGGAGAUGUCAGUUCAUGGGAUGUUAAGGGCUCGUGCUCGGUGCACACGAACGGAACGAUAAUAGACGAAAAAUGUACGCUCGACCUGUUUACGAACUCGUUUCUGAUGAGAUUGGAGACACUAAUUCGACACAUAGUCACGAAUGUGUCAUAUUAUUUACACAACAUCAACGCAGUAAACGGAGAAACGCUGCAAAUUUUGGUGCUCUUCCUAAACGAUCUGGCAAACGUAACUCCAGCAUACAGAUACUCACUGAGCCUGUGUUUAUCGCGCGAAGUGUUGAAGGACUGGAUGCUGAGGCACCAAAUACUGCCGAACGACUUGCAAAAGUCGUUCAACUCGUUUUAUUUGACAAUGAUAACAUCGAUGUCGUUUAAGAAGAAGUUCUCUUCGUUAUUCGCGGAAUUGUAUGUUGACAUUGUGCAGCCGCUGAAGGAGAUACAAGAUGACUGGCACCUGAGUAACCUGUCAGUUCAGCUCUUCACGUACUCAAAUAUAGCAUUUGAACUGCUGAAGAACCAGUUCAUGGAAAUCUGCAUAGAUCCGAUAGUAGACAAGGCGCCGAUAGAUAAGAGGUUGAACACGCUGCAAUUCGCAAGAUUCGACAGGAAGAAAUUCAAUCUCUACAUAAGGAUAAUAAGUGACCUGACGUACCUGAUGAAUCACACAGUGGUGUGUCGCCUGCUACUGUCUGACGAGAGGCUACAGACCACAGUCUUUAACCUGUUCUUCGUUCACAAUUACAUGAACCUGAUAGAACGGCACACCAGGACGCACGUGCAGUACGAGAACACAGGUUACUCUAUCGCAUUCACAGUGGAGCACAGCCUGCACAGCGCGUUCAAGCCGCUGUCAGACUACAUCAAGUCACUAGGGGACACUGAUCUGCCGAUGGUGCUUAAGCUAUAUAAAAACUUCAACGAUUUCAUAAAGAAAAACGCGCUCAACGUAAAGUUUAACUCCAAUAUGCUGACGAGAAGCUUCCACAUACCACUGGUUAGACUCUUCACCUCAGUAGUGGACUUUAACGUGGUGAGAAGAUACGCGAAGUACCACCUGACGCUCAUGGCGAUGACGGACGAAAGAGUGGCGGAAUACCUGAACAAGUCGUUCCUGCACCUUAAGUCGAAUGAGAGUCUGCAGUUUGAUCUCUUGGAGCUCUUCGAUAACGAUGUGCUGAAGUACGUGCUGAGAAGCACAAUCGACGUCCUGAAGUUCGCAAUGGAGAUAAAGCAUAACCUGUGGGUCUUCAACGGAGAGUCGCUGCGAGACCAGAGGACGACGUACUACGAGUUGCUAUUCGACUCGUUCGAUAUCGCAUCAAUACAAAUGGCAGUGGUGCUGCUGGGCAUGAAGAACUUCAGGAGCGACUUUGACGUGUUGACGUACAUAUUUGAAAUAUGCUUUGACCUAAAACACUAUGAGAGUUCGCCAUAUAAGAGCGCAGUGGAAAGGUAUAGGAAUGGCGCCGCGGCAAAAACGGGAGCCGAGGAAACUUCACUAAAUGAAAUAUACAAUGUAGUUGAAAAUUUGAUAUCUGAUGUGCAAGGACGGAUUACAACGAGCAGAGAGCAGGAGAGAGGUGAGGACAAUCGAGAAGAGGAUAUGAGCUCAUCGAUCGACCACAACAAUAUUUCAGAAGGAGAAUCGUUUGAGAUACAAUUUGAGGAGUACCCAGCAUGCAAGAGUGACCCGGGAACCUUUGAUUUUAAAAUCAACUUCUUCUACAUACUGCUGAACACGCUGGUAAACGACAUUAAGCACCUGGAAAUACUCUCAAUCUCGAGGAAGACGACGAAGGAGUGGUUUGUGAACAGAGGGUACCCGCUGCUGCUGAUGGACAUAGUUAACUCGCUGGCCUCAGGGAACGUGGAGUUCGGACAGAUAGUUAACGAGACGAAGAAGCACUGGAAACACCACCCAAUGUUCAUAGAGACGAUCGAGCGCGUGGCAAUGUUUAAUUACUCGAAGGUGUCGGACAAGACGUACAUAAGGCUGAAGCAGGAGUCAUAUAAGCUGAUCGACGUAGUGUGGAACACGCUGCAACCAGCAACGCACGCAAUCUCGAGCCAAUGCCUAAAUCACGACAUAAGUCUGCUAGGGCCGUUCGAGGGAGAAAUAAUGUCGCCAGAGUACAGGGAAACGCAGGCGCUGAUACUUAACUCGAUCAGCUGCAACAUGCUCUUUAACUACCUGCUGCUUCCGUUGGUAUACGAAUCGAAAAUGGAGUUUAAGUUGGAGAAGAAGGACUUUGAGUCGCUCCCUGACCUGUACAAAACAGCUCUGGAGUCGUCAAAGGAGUCGAACUUUAAGAAGUUUGAGUUGGCGUCAAACAUGCUGGCGUGCUCGAACUACAAGUUUAAAAGGUCGAGCCACGUGCUGUUGUACUCACUGAAGAUGCUUAACCUGCUCUACAGUAAGCUGACGCCAGCACACGAGAACAUAGGAUUCGUUAUGGUGAGUAUGCUGAAGUUGAUUCUAAGCAGAAUGGACGACGAAGUAUACAAGAAGUGCAUAAACUACACGUUGAACAGACUAAACAAAGUGUACAACUUUAAGAGUAAGCCGGAAAAUAAGAGUAAGCAGAUAGAAAAGAAGGACGUUAAGAAGAUACAGAAGAAGUUCCUUAACAAAAUAUUUAAGCAGCAGGAACUCUUUAAAAUUGAUACUGAGGACAUGGAACAAAUGGAGGAGGGGGAUACUGAGGAAUCAAUACUGUGUAUCCUGUGUAAGCAGAAAAUGGAGUCGGAGUCGGAAAUGUCGUGUCUGUGCUUCAUCUCAUCAAACAACGUGUUAAGAAGGUGCUCGUCGUCAAACGGGCUAUCGAAUGAUCGACGAACAAACUAUGGCGUGUACGCAAAGUCAUCAAUACCGCUUAAGUCGUCGAUCAUAUCAUCAUGUGGGCACGUAGCACACACGAGAUGCAUCAACGAACACAGGAAUAUGCAGGAAGAUGUGGAAAACUUCUCAAUAUACGGAAUACACAGAGCGUCGACAGAGUUCCUGUGCCCGAUGUGCAAGACACUAUGCAACUACACGCUUAACAUGAUCCCAGACUCGAAGAUUCAGAAGUACGCACCAGAAGACCAUCUGGUACCAUACCUGGCAGCAAUUUCUAAAAAUAAAGAUAAUAUUGGAAAUGAACAUGAAGAUUCUCUAAAUGUAUGGGCAAACAUUUUAAUGGACAAAUUUGACAGUAUUGAUGACUCAUUGGAAUCAAGUAACUCGAUAUAUAAUAUUUAUGACCUGUGCAAAUCCUCAUGGAGGUACCCGUACAGUAACCUGUGGCUGCCAUGUCCAGUGUACGCAAUGAACGAAAAACACGGCAAAUACGUGUACGCAAUGAGCGUAAUCUCCUCAAACAAGAACAUCAACUACUACCUGAACACGGACAGUAAGAGCAGAGUCGACGAGCUGAGUUUGGGCUCGACAGCUCCGCUGAAGAACAUCGAAUGCAGCUACUGCGCAAACUUCGACUUUGACCUCUCAAACCUCAACAGUUACAAGUGCGAAGCGUUCAAGAUGAAGGAAAAGUACACUCUGCCACCAAUAAGAGUCUUCGACAAGGAAAACGCACAUAUGAUGCAGUCGGUGUAUAGGUACUUCGUGGAAAACUGGGAAGUCGUGAAGUCGAAUAAGGUAUACAGUCUCAUCAAUUUGCGAGGGUCGGAACUGGACUACACGGAAAAGUUUUCGAGAGCACUGCUGACGCCGUACUCGAGGGCGCUCUUCUCGGACAAAAGAGCGUACUUCGGAAUCAGGAACUGGAGGCACGUGAAUUCGACAGUAGAAGUGGACCCGAAGGUCUGGGUGCUCUACAACGAGAUGCUGAGCACGUCCUCAGUCAGAAGGAACAUGCUGAACACGCCCAACGCAUUUUACUCGCAGCUGCUAAGGAACUUUUACUUCACAGGCAUGAUGCCGAACAGCAACGAGGACGACUACGAAUUCGAUAACGUGUAUACCAAGAAUGUGCUGCUGGAUAAGUCCUAUUACGACUACGAUGACACGAAGAUGGUCAUGCCUGACUUGUCGCUGUACAAGGACAAGAUGCUGGAGAAGGAAACGGAUAUGAUCAGAGUAUUCGUGGAGUCGCUGAACGAAGUAACCCUGUUACAGAUGUACAAAAUGAUAAGACGAGACGAAGAGAAGAAAAAAGACGACACUUACUACGUGGAGUCGACCACCGAAAACGACUUCAUCCAGAGACUAAUGAAAAGGAGAUAUGAAAUCUCCAGAAUAAAUAGCCUACUGCCUUUGAACCAUUAUAUAUCGUAUCAAGGCAAGAUGAGUGCGAACAAAAUCUUCGGAAACGACAUGGUGUUGAACCCAUGGUCGUUCGACUACAUCAGGGAGUUCCUGAAGGUCUUUUUAUCGCAAAAAAACUACGUCAAAUCGGUGAUCACGCACUACGUGUACUUCUUCACAGUAGUUGCGUCACUUCAAGUAAUGGACAGGUUCAUAGUCGACGUAAUGAGGAUCAACUACAGGCGCUUUAUAGAAAACUACUCAGACGGAGACGAAAGGCUGUAUAGGACGAGGCUCAAGAUAGAGUUCAUGACGGCGUUCAACCAGAAGUUCUUCAGCGACCUCUUCGCAAACGCGGAAUUCCCGUGCGACGUCGUGCCGAGGAUCGCAUUCACAGACUUCGAAGAGAACCUGAACGAGUAUAGGUCGUACAACAUGAUGCUAGGGCACAUUUGUGAUAGUAGGAGGCAGCGGAGUAAAAGCAAGUAUACAAAGGAUUCGAUAUAUUAUGAGCAACUAGACGACAUGAUAUCAGACAUGGUAGAGUACUCGGGGAUGCUGAAGUCGGUUCACGACAAGCACGUGGAGGCGCUGACGGAGCCGAUCCCGUACGAUCAAAUAUUGCACGACAGAGUUAACACGUACAUAACGGACGAACUUCUGGAGAGGCACCUGUUCAACCAGGUCUCCAGGAUCCUGAAGGCGCGAGAGAUACAAAACAGCCUGAAUAACAAGUACGACUUUGAAGCGAUAGCGUACGGGCUAGAGGAGGUAUUCGAACAGGCGGUAUACCCGAAGAGGCAGAGACUGCACGACGGAAAGAUCGACACUACAGACGAGUCGCCGUCAUCAAUACUUAAAAUCGAAUCCGCAUCGACGCCAAUAACGACGAAUAGCGCACACAACAUGUACAGGGGAGUAGACCUGGCAAGGCGUCUGAACGGGCUGUUAUACAAAAACCACAGCAACACAGUCUUCUUCGAGACGAUAAGGCACAACAUACCGCAGUCGCCUCAUAUACUGGACUUCCUGACGCCAGAAUUAGCAAGUGGCAUAUCGAAUUUAAAAGUGGACGUCAGCACAAGUUUCCUGUCAGUCAUAGAAAAGGUGUUCAACUUCACAGUUCGCCACUUCAUACAGAUGGGAUACAUAAACUACGAGCCGGAACGAUUGAUGUUCGAAAAGUACAAAGAACAGCUGUUUGAGUCACUCAACAUCUUCUUGGACGUAGCCUUCUGGGCUUUGAACAGCAUGUUCAAGUACGAGGACGAAGUGUGCUCGAAGGUGCUCUACGGACACCUGAACAGCGAGGCCACGAGGUUCAACCUGCUGAUAGAGGCGCUCGGAAUAGGAGCAAAGUCGAUUCUGAUGAAACCUUCCGAGAUACUGAGAAACAUGUUCAGCGAAACUUACAAGAGUCAGAUGCAGCUGAACAGGAACUGCAACAUGGAGGUCACGCCGCCAAUACUCUCCAAGUACAGCCUCAUCGACGUGGAGAGGCACCUGACGGAGCUGCACUGGGACAUGAUAAGGAACACGGCUCUGAGGAGCUGCGCGAACUGCGGACUCAAGCCCGCGAACCCCCUGAUGUGCCUGCUCUGCGGCUCGCUCGUGUGCUCAAACAACGAGUGCUGCCACAAGGUUCAAACGGCGCAGGACACGCGGUUCCUCGUGCACGUGGAGAAGAAGCUGAGGCGCCUGAAGAAGGGGGAGCUCAUGAGCAUCUACGACGAGGAGCUGGUUGCGCACGCGAAGGUCUGCGGCGGCGGCCAGUGCAUCUACUUCUCGCCCUACCACUGCUGCGUCCUGCUUGUGGAGGAGCGGAGGCGCGCGACCGUCGCGUCGAUAUACUCGGACCAGUACGGAAACAGCGACCUGCACGGCAAGGUCUACGGCGACGUGAAGCUUGCGAGGGUGCGUCUGGAGAACAUUGUGAACACGUUCUGCUCGGGUCGCCUCUCGAACGAGAUCGUGACCCAGAGGAAGCAGCUGAUAAACCUCCUAGCAUAG